AUGAGAAUAAUCGGAAAAGCCCUCAAGGGAUCGGGACGAAACGCUAGGCCCCACCUCUGCUUCUUCGAAGCUCUUGACAAGUUCUACGAGAAGAGGACAAAGGGGAUUGGCGUUAGAUCGGGAUUUAUCCCUCAGGAUCAGAUUUCUUGCUCUGUGUUUCAGCAAGGAGCAAGAAAAGCAAGCAGAAACCGCAGAAACCACCUGGGCAGCCGCCAAGUCACAUGUUGGGCCCUCGGUCUGGAGUAUCUACCAGUAGAGAAGGUCAAAGAAGGGGAUAAUCGAACUGACUCGCCAGAUUGCGUCUGCUUAGGGAGCUUAAGGCCUCCAAGAAUGCCAAAAAUUAUUUUAGGUGAUUCCAAGUCUACACAGGGCCGCUAUGACGUCAAGAUGGCCACUUGGCUGAGCUCCGUCGCACAGUACUUGCCCUCUUUGGGAACAAUUCAUUGCUGCUACGACCACUCGAUGAACGAAUCUUCUGACGACCCUCCAUUAAUAGACCGCAUUGCUCGCCACCUCCACAUCAGCGUCGAUGCCCACGAAACCUCCCUAGGCCUCAACAGCCACAGUAAUCACAACCACAAUCCUGACCUACCCAUAGCAGAUCCUUCUGUUCAAAAAAUUGACUCAACCGACAGCAUUGGUAGCCAACCAAAUUGCCAAUAUGGAUCGAAGGCUACCCUCACGAAGGAAGCAACCUCAGUCUGCCCUCCCGCCUCUACGAAAUCCAGUACAGGCGAUGGAGAAAACUCUGCCUCCAUAGAAACUGUGGAGAAAGGAUCUCUCAUACUUCAAAUGUGCCAUACCGUACGCUUGAUCAUUUUGUCAAGUUGGGUCAACUGGGCUCUUCUUUUUGUUCCCGUUGGAAUUACUCUGGGUGUGAUGCACCGUAUCAUGGGCCAUAAGAGCCCUAUCAGUCCAACCGUGAAAGAAGUCCGGGUAGUGCAGGCAUCCCUGCUUGGGUCGAUUCUGGCAAAUUUGCUUCUUAUUCUAGGAAUGUGCUUCCUAUUUGGCGGUCUUCGAUAUCGAGAACAGGUGAGAGGAUUCGAGGUACUAGUGACCGUCUAUGUGCUGAUUGGGUGUUACCAGCUAUAUAAUUCAAACAUUACCCAAAUGAGUGCCGCUUUACUCAGUCUCAGUGUCAUGAGCCUUCUGUUACCAACAGCUUUCCACGCAUCGUUCAGUAACCUUGAGACUGCUGAUACUGUUGUAUUGAAAGUGAGCAGGGGCACCAGCGUGCUCAUCGGAAUCCAGCUCAUCAAGUGA